AUGCGAACCCUGAAUGUCUCGGGCGCUGUGGCUUUCAACCAAGGCAGCGGCUGCUCUUGGCGAGCCAGAGAGACUUCACGGCUUGAACAACUAGCACCAGAUGCCGUCAUUAAAUUGAACGUGGCAUGUCCCAGGCUCGUUAGGGAAUAUGUGUCAUUCGCGCGUGAAGGCGACGAGGGGAUAGCCGAGAGUCUUCUGAAACAGAAACGCCAGGAAACUUUUGCAUCCAAGUCGCAUAUUUUUCGUCGGCAACCUAGCAAACGCGCUUUUAGCAACCACGAAAUUCACGCCGUCAUAGAGCAGCUAGUUCGAACAGAUGGCUCCCUUGGGGUCCUCGAUUACCUCCUGACAAAAAGCAACGAUGCAAAACUCGAGAAGCACCUCUUCAAACAGCAGCGGCAGCAUGUGACCAAGAGCGAUAUUGGCUCCCUUCUAAUAUGGGCGGCGCGAAUGCAGCAUCCAUCUAUGGUGUAUCUUUUGAGUCUACAUUCCGACGAGACUGGGUUAAAUGAAGCCUUGGACGUUGUUGUGUCGGGACGUCACAUGGAGUGUACGAAAACCCUGCUUCAGAAUGGGGGGGACGCCAACUUUUGCCAGCAAGCAUUCCUGGCAGCAGUGGCACGCGGAGACACACCACUGGUCGAGUUACUCCUAAGUGCUGAAAAACGAAUAGCGGCUUCUUGCCUUGAUCAGGCGUUACCUAGCGCUGUUGCUGUCGGACGCUUCGAUCUGGUUUCAGCGCUGCUGAAAAGCGGAGCAGAUGGCAAUGUGCCUGGGGCCCUGGAAAGUGCAGUUCGCGCACGGAGUAGGGAUAUUGUUAUUGCAUUUAUUUUGGCAGAUCAUCCGCCCUCGAAGACAUCUCUUGAUCGCGCUGUCGAAGUCGCCUUUGAUGAAAUUGAAUCCGGUUCUGAUCUCCAAAGAACGCUCAUUGAGAUCAUUCUCUGUGGCGGCGCGAAUGGAGAAGCGGUCCCCAAAAUCCUCUUCAAAGCUGUUGAGCGGAAUGACGAGAAACUUGUCUCCUUGCUUGUCACGUACGGUGCUUCUGUGACGUACAAUUCGGCCGAAGCUAUCAUUCAUGCAAUUAAAAUGGGAAAUACCAACUUACUGGCGAGUUUAUUCAGCGCUCGUAUCGAUGGACAAUAUGCCUCUCAUAUUUUAACAAUGCUCCCUAAAAUUGCCUCGAGUAUUCCACCCUCGAAGCAGUUGGCAAUUAUUUCCACACUGGUGGAGCGAGGAGCUUGUGGAUACGCGCUUCAUCCCUGUUUGGUGGAUGCAGUUCAGCGAAAUUACUAUACUAUUGUCGAAUAUCUUGUGCAAAAACAUGCCUCCGUCGAUUAUGAUAACGCUGAAGCUCUUCGUUGCGCAGUUUCUUCUGUUUCUUUACCGCUAUUCGAGCUGCUUCUCAAGGGCUGCCCUUCGAAGGAGUCUUUGGAACUUUGCUUUCCCUUAUUAGAAGCUGUCCCUUCUAAACCUCGUCUGAUCAUGGCAGGACGCCUGUUGGCAGCUGGCGCGAAGGGCGUCGAAGUGGAAAAUGCCUUGAUCAAAGCAGUAAUGUCUGAUUUUACGAUGGAAAAGAUGCCCCUUAUUUACGAGUUUGUGCGGCACGGAACCGAUGUGAAUGUUCACGCAGGGAAAUGUUUCCGGGAAUCUGCGGCUGCAGGCGAUAUCGAUGCUUUAAAGUUACUCUUAAAAGGAGUUCCUUCGCCUGCUUCACUUGCCCAGGGAAUUAUUCCUGCCCUUAACUUACCGAACUCCGAUCUCCGAUUCGCUAUACUGGAUCUGCUUGUUUCCGCCGCUGGCAUCAAAGGCGAGACACUCGACUCUGGUCUCAUAACUGCACAAAGACAGCCCUGGAGUCAUCCAUCGCUCAUGGAGUUGCUUCUAAAAUUUGGCGCUAAUGUGAACUUCAAAAACGGUGCCGUGGUUCGAAAAGCGAUCAAAAACUCCGAUGACAAACAGCUCAAGAUUCUGGUUUCUAACGCGCCGUCGACAGACACCUUGGGUGUGGCUUUGGACGUGUUGCUGAAAACGAAUACAAGCACCAAAAACCAAAUGGCAGCAAUCCUGCUGGAUGCUGGUCGCGACCGAAUGCCAAAAAUAAUAAACGAGUUUUUGGCUGAGGCAGUGAGACUGAAGUCUGACACGUCCCUCGUGAAGUUGAUUUUGGGAUUUGGUGCCUCUAUUAAUGAUGGAGAUGGACAAGCUCUUGCCUUGUCUAUUGAAACCUGCUCGUUUGAUAUUAUGACGAUCCUUCUAGAACACGGCGUCGCCAAUGAGUCAUUAGAAACGGGUUUUAGCUCCGCAUGGGCCCUUCAGGGUGCUGAGCGAUUCCAAUAUACUUCCAGGAUUCUCCAGGCAGGUUAUGAUGGACCGCAUAUUCAUAGGGCUCUUGUUGAAACAGUAAAAGAGUCUGUUGUUGACACUGAGACUUUGAAGUUGUUACUCAAUCAUGGUGCUUCGGUUCAUUGCUCUAACAACCUACCUCUCCUUCACGCUGCUAUGUCGAUGGAUGCAGCUACCUUAAAACUAUUACUGGAGGCCGUUUCCGAUCGGGGCGCUAUUAAUGAUGUUUUUUCACAAAUGACUUCAGCAGGCAAUACUUGGCUGUCCCCCGCCGGUCUACUGGUAAUCAAGCAGCUUCUAGAAAACGGAGCUUGCGGCGAAGUGAUUGAUUCCGCCUUGGCAGUCUCUGUCGAAAGCUUCGGUAUUAUCGCCGAUGCUACAGAUGCUGUAGAUCUCUUCAUUCGAUUCGGGGCGAAUGCUGAUUAUGACAACGGUCGAGCUCUCAAUAUAGCUGUUGCAAAAAAUAGCCCAGUGCUUGUGCGCAGGCUUUUAGGAUCUGUUAAAUCAACAGUCAAUCUUCUUGCAGCAUUUUCUGCUAUCCUUUCAUCAAACUUACCAGAAGACACAACCCUUGAAUUAAUCAAAAUAUUUACUCAGAUUCCCGGAGGCAUUCCAGAUUUAAAUAGCUACAUGUAUGAUGAGGAUGGAACACAGCGGGAACCAGUCACAUUCGCAGCGUUAAGAAAGUGGCCGCGUGGAACCAAAAUUCUUGAAGCUUUGUUGAAGGCUGAUAUUCUUGUUGACCAAACCAUCCCAUAUGUCAUUGAGUCUAAAGAAGGGUACGAGCAGGUUUCCCUCCUUCUAUGGGCUUUUCUUCAGCCACAACAAAAAAUCAGUCCUUAUGUUAUUGAUUGCCUGCUGAGGAAUGGAGCAAACCCGAACUUCCAAUCCACUGGAUCUCACCAAACUCCCUUGCUGGUUGCAACAAUGGAGAGAACACCAGAUAUAGUGCACACACUCAUCCAACAUGGUGCAGAUGUUUCAAUAUGUGACAUAUAUGGACGUACCCCACUUUUAUACGCCAGUAAACGCGGCCAAGUAGCAACCUUGCGCCACUUGCUAAACGCAAAUCCUGGCGUUGAUGAUGGCAGCAUUCAUGAAGCUGCGCGUGAAUUGCACUUUGAUGCUGUCAAAUUACUCCUUGAUUAUGGCCAUGAUCCUAAUUUCCCUUCAAUGGCUCACGACGGCCGGAGUGCAUUAGGAGAACUGUGUCUCAAUGCAGCAGCAGAUUCGGCGACGUCGUUUGGUAAACUCAGGCAGACGAUUGAUAUUCUCGUGGCGGGAAAAGCCGAACUCAUUUCUGAUAGAGGCCGCAAGCCACUUUUGAUUCAUGCCUUGGAUAACCCAACCGGCUGCACGAAUGUUACAAAGGCACUCCUCGCGGGGGGCCUUUGGAGGCGUGUUAAUGACGAGAAAAACCUCUACUCUCAGGACGGUUUCGUGUUCUCCCCUACAAUGUACCUUACCAAGGGUUUGCAGAAUAGUUCCAAAGAAUAUGUCCCGGACCUUCUACAUAUCCUCAAGGCCAACGGAUGCAAAGACGUUUUCUACAAACAGGAAGGUCCUCAACCACCAGACAUGGUCGGGGCGCCACAAGACAUCCUCGAAGAGGAAAGGAGGCGAAAAGCACGAGAACGCCGCCUAGAGGAACAAGAAGAAGAACACCAACUAGCCCUGAAGCGCGAAAUGGAAGUUGCGGAACAGCAAAAUCUCGUUAUGAAAAAGGCCCAUACUCUUCGGAUCCAGCAAGAUCGCGAGGUAGCCGAAAACCGUGACGCAGCCACGGCCAACUCGGCCGCGCUACAACUGCGCCUAGAAGCCACCACAGCUGCACAACGCCAAGGGAUAGCAGACCAGCAGCGACAUGCAGAUCUCCAGCAACAACGAGCCCUCAACCAAAUUCGGCUCGAAGCCACAAAGGAGGAAGGUAGACUACAGAUUGAAUUCCAAAAAACAUCUGCAGCAAUCCAACAGAAUGUUUUUGACGGACGAGUGCAGGCGGAGUCCCGCAGGCUAAAGGAGCUGGAGACUGCGAAUGAGCGACAGUAUAAGCGGGAUACUGAGCUGCUGUCACGCCAGGAGCGUGCUAUGGCUAGUCGAAAAGCAAUGAUGGCAGAUGCUAGGGGGUUCGCGUUACCUGCUAUUAACGAGCCACAGCGAAGGAUUGGACAGGGCGACUUGAGUCCGGAUUGA